UCAAUCCCUUUCGUUUUCUCCACACUCCAUUCACCCACAACAUAGCUAGUGAACAGUGUCUUCUAAAAAAAAUGGCUUCAAGCUCCAUAACCCUUUUCUUGGCUCUCAAUCUCAUCUUCUUCACAACAAUCUCUGCAUGCGGUAGCUGCACUCCUUGCGGAGGAGGUUGCCCCUCUCCCAAGCCAAAGCCAACUCCUAAACCAACCCCAAGCCCUAGCUCUGGCAUGGGAAAGUGCCCUAAAGAUACCCUCAAGCUUGGUGUCUGCGCCAAUGUGCUCAACGGCCUCCUCGACUUGACCCUUGGCAAGCCACCGGUCGAACCAUGCUGUACCCUCAUUCAAGGACUCGCUGAUGUUGAAGCAGCCGUUUGUCUCUGUACCGCUCUUAAGGCUAACGUUCUUGGAAUCAACUUGAACCUUCCGAUCUCUCUCAGUCUUCUCCUCAAUGUUUGCAGCAAACAAGUUCCUCCUGGCUUCCAGUGCUAAGCAACUAUAUCAUAUAUAAUUUAAACACACUUAUAUAUAUAUUUAUCUUCUUGUUUUGAAAAGACGAGGUGAAUCUAUAUACUUUUAAUAUUGUGUGCCUUUAUCUUUGUGUGUUCUUAUUCUAGUCUUACCUGUUAUGGAGUUCAUUGGCUCAAUUUAUGUUUCUCUCUGGGUGAUCCGUAAAGAUUCUUGAAAUGUACCGUUUCAUUGUUUCCCAUUAAUACUCUUAUAUCGGGGCUAUUAUUGUUGCUUUGGUUGUAUUGUGAUUUAUGAAUUAAUAAAGGAUUUAUAUUUAAGUUA